AUGAAACAUUUCCAAGACAACAAAUCAUCUACCAUGCAUAAAAGAGUGACAUCUGACGUAUCCCUAACAACCUUGUCUCUGCAGGCAUGCCCAGACUGUGGGUGUACUUGUAGAGGAUGUUUUUCUAGCCACUCAAGACAGAUAGGCUUAGAAGGAGCCUCAGUUUGCCCAGCAGAUGAGCAACACAGUCUGGAUCUUCACCAGGAGAUUGAGGCCCUGGAGAGUCAGUUAAGGAGGAGUAACAACCAUAUCUCACAGAUAGAACAUGAAAUAAUAGACAGUAAACAGAUGGCAGAGUAUGAGGUACUCAAACUCACCGACGAGCUUGCCAAACUCCGUGACCGAUACGACAGGUUGUAUGAAAGUCAUAAAAGGUUGCAGAAAGUGAACCACGGAUUGGAAGAUAAACUCUUAAAAGUGGUCAAUGGGUUUGAAGGGGAUAAGAUUGGUCUUCAGAAAGAAGUAGCCCUUAUGACCUCCAAACUUGUUGAAGCUAAAUCUCUCAUCUGUGAACUGGAGGAGGAAAAUGAGCAGACCAGAAAAGACUGUAAUUAUGCUGUCCAGCUAUUGCAGUGUAAACCUUCAAACUUUGUAGCCCACAAGCUAAAUACGCUUCCAAUGGAACUUCAGGAAAGAGUCAAAAGUCACAUGACAAGAGAAGAAAUCAUUAAUUGUGAGGACGCUCCGCAGAACGAAUCAGCGAAAUUGAUUCGUGUGCCUAUGCAGACAUUCCCGCCUACAGCAAUGGUGUAUUCCAUUAACAAUAGUUCUCAGAAGUCAAACAAAGACAUGAACAGAAACUCAACAGAUUCAGUGCCAAUGAAUCUCAUAGCCAAGGUCCUCACGCAGCCGGAGUCUAAACGUAAACCACGGCGAAUGUACAUAUGUCUAAGAUGUAAACUGGACGUUGUUGUGCAUGACAAGGAAGUCCAAGUGUCCAUGGGUCGGGAGAUUAACAGUUCAAAUGGUGGUUCUGGAAGUCUACGAGUCCACAAACUACCUAGUCGGAUACGAACAAAUUCCACAGAAACAGAAAUAUGAAUUAGAGAGUGCCAUCUUGUAAAAAUCAAUUCAAUGACUUUUGUAUGUUACAGGAGUUGAAGUCAUUAAUUUCAAAAUUCAGCAUAGUUUAUUGUAUGUUACAUAGUUUCUCCUGUCUUGUUUUUACA